AUGAGAAGCCACUCAAACCCAAAAUCCAAAGCAGAAGCAGAAGCAGAAGCAGAAGCUGUUCAUGACCAUGACCAGCCACUCAGCAGCUGCCACGUGGACCAGCCUGCGGCCACCCUGAACCGGGUCCACACCCUCCUCCACCUCUGCGCCACUCUGCUCUUGCUGCGAGCCCGCGCCUCUUCCCUCCGCUCUUGCGGGGGCAGCCCCCUCGCGAUCUUCGCGUCCUCUCUCCUCCUCCUCGCGGCCGAUGCCGUGCUCGCCUUCUUAUGGGCCCUCGGGCAGGCCUUCCGGUGGCGGCCCGUGACGCGCGCCGUGUAUCCGGAUCGGCUCUCGAAAGCGGCGGUCACGCUUCCCGCGGUGGACGUGUUCGUCGUUACAGCCGACCCGGAGAAGGAGCCGGCUGUCAAG